UUGAUGAGCAAUGGCGAUGGCUGUGAAUUAUAACAUAAAGGAAGUAGGGUAAAUCUGUGUGUCGGCUGUCUGUACAGGCCCCAACGUUGAGCUACAAUCACGUGAUCAAGUAGCAGGUAAGGAAGGAAAACAUGGAGAAGGAAAGGCAGGGAGGUUAACCAGUUUAGCUCAACCAAGUGGCAGGUAGAUAGAGUAUACUAGAUACUAUCUCCCUCACCGAGGGUGUGCAAAAGCCUUUCUAAGUGUUCAGAUGAACCUCCCGCCUCUAGUGGGUGGACACGACCCAGGCGCUGUGCCUGAACGCAGGGGUUCUUUGGAACGCGGUAUUGCAUGAAAUUAUCACUGCAAUAUUUCAUCGCGUUCUCUGUGUGACAAUGCAGAGCUAUUUCAACUGAAAGAGUCUGAUACCUCACAUUUGACGUAUACAGCAGUGACGUCGUGCAGCAUAUGUGCCACGUCUUUUUUUUUCUUUUCUGAUAAUUUUUUUUUCGUUCAGCUGAAAUCUCAUGUGCAUUUAUGAUGAGCUCGCUGGCGGGUGAGGGAUGCCAGUCUAGACAGGUGUGUGGCACUUGGCGAAUGCCAGUAAGGGUAAGGUCGGGAACGCUGACCACUUCAAAGCCAGCUCUCAUGUACAUCCGGCCGCAAAAGCUCACAGGACAUGCGUUCCACGACAAAUCCGAAUUUCUGCGCUGUUAAGGCAUGACGCCUCCAAAUUAAUGGGUCAUUCUGUAUAGGUUGCAAAUGCUACUGCAACGUGAAACUUUGAAUUCAAGCCUAUGUACGCUAGCUACGCGGGAGUUAAACUUUCUUUUUUUGUGUGUUAUGCAAAUCUCGUGUCCCUUGAACUUUUGCGGUCGUCUUUACGUGCCGAAUGGGUCAGUGGGCAGAUCGUGCGCGGGGCUGUACAACCCUGUUGACACCGGCUCGCCGCGCACUUUUGCAACUUUUGCCGUUCCGACUUAUUAUUGCAGGACCAACAUUCCUGCGUCGUCUACUUCCGAAAAUGCGACAUCGACGGACAGCGGCGGCAAUGGAGGCAAAUGCUUUCACAGAUGAGUUCUCCUAUUGCUAAUUUAGCUUAUUUUGUAGGAGGCUGUCACGCACGAAAGGCAAGAACUAAAUCGGCAGGAAAGAAAUUACAAUUGCGGUUGGGUGGAGGAGGAGGCGACACUCACCUAAGGUGGCAAGUAACAAAAAGAAAGAAAGAAAGAAACAAACCUAGGGACUAAAUAGGAAAGAGAGAUAUGAUAGGGGAUAGGGCACAUUUAAAUUUAGUAUAUAAUCACAAUAUCCUUACUGCGCAAAUAGGGUGCAUGACAGACAGCAAAUGGAGGUGCAAUGAACGCCGAAACCUGCAUAGGUUGUUGGAAAAUGGAUGUAUUUAUGAGUGGUGGUGAACGUUCAUCUGAAGUCGCUAGCGAAGACGGCAUUGCAUAUAGUAAACUAUCUGAUUUUUCUUAAAUUCAAGGGUGUUUUUCUUUAGCGUUUGUAGAACCACCCUCUUUCCUACGGUGACCUGAAGCCGACGUUAUCAUGCAGCUACUAGUAGGUAUGUGUGUGAAAUGAGGCAUCGCCUAGUUUCAUUUAAUUGCACGAGGUCGGAAUGCCCUAGGAAUGACAACAACAAAGCGUGAUCAUUCUUCUAAUUUGCGUAUGCUUCUGACCGAGGUAAGAUGCACAACGGCAGGAAAGUCGAGAGCCUAAUACACAAAAGAAAGACAAAAAAAAAAGAAAGAAAACAGGCGGAAAAGAAAAGCAGCACCGCUGCGCUCAAGAUAACGCGGCUAACGAAUUUCACUUAAAUUAGGAAAUUCUGCCCUCGCGUGUGACAAUUCUUCUCUUGCAGUUCUUUUGCACUUAUUUUGCACGCGCGGUUGUCUUUUGCUACUUACAUCUAUUUAUGCAAGAUUUUCGACUCUCCGAACUGGUAAGGGUACACGGCCCACGGUGCCAUUACAUUUCCUAGUAUUGUCCCAACAGCUGCGACGUAUCGGUACUGCACUAAAUCGCGGAGCGACGCAACCAAGCGCGUUCUUUUCUUUUUCUUUUUCUUUUGCUGACGUGGGCAUGAAGUGGAAACCGCGGCGAACGCUUUCCAGACAUGCCGGCUCUCAAGGUUGGGUAAGCAUCAUCGCUCAGCCGUCCAGGUUAAGCUUCGGAAGCGCAUAAUCGUGGUAUGCGGCGGAGCGCAAUAAAUGUGACGAACCGCGAGAAGCGAACAGUCGGUGCACCGCGAGCCUUCCCGCGAAAGUGAGAGCAUAAAAACUCGCGCGAAAAAGAGCGAGAGCGCGCGUUUUCUCUCUUUCACCGAUAGCGCGCGGGGACCCGCACGGUUAAAGCCACGCUCUCGGGCACUCGCGCCGACGUUGCGGAGUCGUCGUCGCCCGCUGUCGCAGUCGUCACAGGCGCAUCGCGCCCGACCUUUUUCCUGCCCGCCUUCAGCGUCAUCCUUUCUCCCCGCAGAAGGCGUGUGCCGCUCUCUUUCGCCGCAGCGAAGCGCGAAGCGUCGGCGUCGUGAGCGCGGUUCUCGGCUCCGUUCCCUGGAGCGUUGUCACUCUCGGAACGUGGAGGUCUCUGGCGUACCGGUGGUGUCGGUGGACUGCGUGCGACUGGUGGACUUCCAGUCUGCUUUUGGCGCCGGUGAAGUUUAGUGCGCCGUCCUAGCCCCAUAGCUGUCUCGGCUGCGCUCUCCUACUACUGAUGAAACGGUGACGCAGCCUCGCGGGAGCAACACCUGUCGACUCGAACCUGUUCGAAGGUCUUCGUCGGAAGAAAGAAGCGGAGACGUCUUCUGCUCUUCCAGCAGCAACAGCGCCAUGACGGUAGCGGUCAUCACAAAAGAUGGCCUGGCGAUCGGAGCACCGGACAGCGGAAAUGGGAACAACGUGAAACAUGGAGAUAGACGACUGAGCGAUGCCAGCAGCCAUGGCGGCCAGGGAUGCUCGGUGCAGUGUCGCUACGUGCUCAUCGUGCUGGGCUUCCUGGGCCUGGCCAACGUGUACGGCAUGCGGGUCAACCUCAACGUGGCGCUGGUCGCCAUGGUCAACCACACGGCUGUACAGGAGACGACCAAGCCCAGCGACUGUCCGCUGCCCACGACGCACCUGCACGGCGUGGCCCAGACGCCGGCCAACGCGACUAGCCACGGAACAAAAACUGGGCAACAGGACGGCCCGUUCGUGUGGGACCCAGUGACCCAGGGCGUCAUCCUGGGCGCCUUCUACUAUGGCUACAUAGUGACGCCCAUCCCCGGCGGACGGCUGGCCGAGAGGUGCGGUGCCAAGUGGCUCUUCGGCUUGGGCACGCUGUUCACCGGGCUGCUGUCCCUCCUAAUACCGGUGGCGGCCCACGCCGGUGUCUCCUACCUGAUCGCCGUCAGGGUGCUCCAGGGCAUCGGAGAGGGCGUGACGUAUCCGGCCAUCGAGGCCCAAGUGGCGCACUGGAUCCCUGUAAAUCAGCGGGCCACCGCUGUCUCUCUCAUUCACACGGGGGGCUUCUUCGGCGUCGCCAUGGGAAUGUACAUCUCCGGGCUGCUGGCCGGCUCGGACUUCCUCGGAGGCUGGCCGUCCGUGUUCUACGUUUUCGGCUUGUGGACGUGCGUGUGGUUUUUCUUUUGGAUCUUGUUCACGUCCAACCGUCCAUCCGACCACCGGUGGGCCAGUGCCCGGGAGGUACACAUGAUCGAGGCGGACCUCGGCGAACAGAAGCCCACGCUUGCUCGCAAGACGCCGUGGACCAAGAUGUUCAGCUCGACAGCCGUGCUGGGCGUGGUGAUGGCGCACUUCGGCACCCACUGGCUGCAGUACGUGCUCGUGAGCGAGCUGCCCACAUACCUGGGAACGGUGCUGCACUACGAGAUCGACGACAAUGGCCUCUACUCUGCGCUUCCGUACAUCGGCGCCAUCGUGUCUGGAGCUCUGUCGGGCAUCAUUGCCGACUACCUGCGUAGCCGAGCGCUGAUGUCGCCGACCCGCAUCCGGAAGCUUUUCAAUGGGCUCGCGCACUUGGUUCCUUCGGUGAUGCUGAUGAUCGUGCCCACGGUGGGUGGCUGCAACGGUCCACUCAGCCUGGUGCUCUUCGUGUUGGCCGGAACCGUGCGCGGAGUCAGCGAAGCGGGCUACAUGGCCAUCCCAGUCGACAUGGCGCCAGACUACGCAGGGACAAUUCUGGGUAUCUGCGUGAGCAUCGGCAACACAACCGGCAUCCUGGUGCCAUACAUCACAGGUGUUCUGACAGAGACAAUGAACACUCUGGAGCAGUGGAGCUACUCCUUCUACCUGGCCGGUGUCGUGGGCCUGGUGACGGGGCUGUUCUUCCAGCUGUUCGCCUCGGCCGAAGUGCAGAGUUGGGGGCUCGCCGAAACGACGUUGGACAAGGCGCUGCCACGCGCCACAGAAAAGACGGCGCUGAAAACCUCCAAGCAAGCAACGCCGAGCAUCAACGGUGCGAUCGCACCGUUCGCCGACGGCAAGGAAGCGAGGACUGAGCUGUGAUAUACAAAACCAAUGUCCAUCCUUGCUCGCUGAUUCAUUAUAUCUUCCAAAGAAAGCGGGAGACUUGGACGAGUUUUGCACCGUGAUGCUUUCUUUUCGAUGCGUAUGCCAAAGGAAGUCUGAAGGCGUUCGACAAUGCGUCGCCGCAUCAUGUCCGUUCGCUAAAGGUUACCGGGGACAACGUUGUUUCCAAUGAAAUGGUGAACGCGGAAUGCUGCAAACUUCUUUCGCUCGAAAGUGCAGAAGCCCUUCGCGCGUUUCGACGACGAAAUCGCAGUUCCUUUAUGACAGACAUCCAACGUUAACCCGCUAGCUGCUCCGUGAUAAAAGUGAAUUCCUAUGUGUGUUUAGUACUUGUGCUACAUGUGACAUGCUGUGCUGUAGUGCAAGACUGCGUGAAAGUUUGAUGGAUGCGCUUACGCUCAAGACAGGCAAAGACAGCGCGGUUCUUCCUGCAUACGCACAGGUCAAGCCUUAUCAAGCCAAAAUCAUCUUGACGGCCACCUUUUGGACGUGAACGGCAGCGUACCCUGCGGUGCUUUUACGACAGAACUACACGUCAUCAACUACGUCAUUGUCUACGUUUGUUCGCUGAUGUGUGCUUGUGAUCCCUUCUACUGGGCAGCUCAGUUUUCCCGUACAUGUGCCACAUGUGCAAGAAUGCGUGUAUUACAAAACUGCGUCUGUUGCUCGUAGCAGCCUGGCAGGUUGCAGAAGUGCGCGCCAACGCUAAGACAUCGAGGCCUGUGUCCUCGACGUCGCGAAGUUUCGAUACGUGUGUGAGCUUCGACUGCAGUUUACUUCUGUGCGUGAGUGAUGCGCGCGUGGCUUUGAGGAUGUGCUACACUCGUAGUGGCCGUCAUGCUAUAGCGCACAACAAGAACGGCGCUUUUGUCACGUGUCUACCUGGGCUUAUGGGAGAAAAAAAGACGGCCCGUGGAUAAAAGGUCCCCGUAUGAAAUGUCCCCGGAAGAAAGAACCCCAGUAGAAAUGACCUAUUGUAUAAAGUAGGAAAAGAUGGCCCAAAAAGCCAGCUAGAUGGCAACUCUGAAAACUGCAGUAUUGGGCUGCUAAGCACGAGGUCGCGGGAUCAAAUCCAGGACAUGGCGGCCGCGUUUCGAUGGGGGCGAAAUGCGAAAACGUCCGUGUACUUAGAUUUGGGUGCACGUUAAAGAACUCCAGGUGGUCUAACUUGCCGGAGUCAUAAUCAGACCGUGGUUUUGGCACGUAAAACCCCAUAAUAUAAUUUAAAAUAAUUUAAAACUGCUGCAGUCUAAUGUGCCGUGGAAGUGAUAGAAUACGGCGCAUCGCUAUACAAAAUUGAUUGGCAUAAGAAAACUAUUUUUCUACGGAACGCUAGAAGCAAGCACGGCAUAGCAAAUUACAGAGAGCAAGCGCACAAAUGUAGAUAGACCGCGCGAACGACGUUGUAACCUUGCUCUGAGCGUCUCCGCCUUAUCUCCUACUACGUGGACCAUCCACAGUGCACUGUAGAUGGGACGAUAAAGAAAAAAACAAAGAUAUUUAGCAUUCUGUUGGACGAACAGUGCAGCUUUAACUAGCCUGUGCGAAAGGACAAACGCACAACAUUUCAUGUAUCGCCGAGCUGCUGCCGCUGCUGACUAAAACCGUACGUUAUCUUACUUAGCAGUACAUCUGUUGAUGACAAUUUCGCAAAUUAAUUGCCUGUAAUGUUCAAACAGGUUUCUGUAGAAGUCAUUUGUUUUUACGUGGGGCCGUGUUUCUUUUUCCUAGAAAUUAUUUUUUCCAGGUCAUUUCUUUCGAGGACAUUUUUUCAGAGGAUAUUUUUUUUCCCCCACAUGGGUCUAAUUGUGUUAUACAAGGCGUGCACUGGAGGUCACGAAUGUGACACUCACCGGAUGCGCACUUUUUAUGCAGUCUGGCUAAGAUAUAGUUGCAAGGUGCUUUUUUUGACCACCUGGGGUUCUUUAAUGUGCACCCAAUGCACGGUACACAAUCGUUAUUGCAAGCCUGGAGUUGCCUGUCAGGCAACUCCAGGCUUGGCUAGCACCUGCAGCUUUCGUUGAUUUCCAUCUCUUGCUCAGGGCCCACCGUGCAGCUUCGAGACGUUAAAUCCCAUAAAUUAAUUAACCGCAUCGUCAGAACUGCGAAGCUCUUUUGUGUGAAGCGACAACCACAUGGAGCGUAUUUGGGGCUUAUUUACGGGUGUAGCUUCUGUGCGUCUAUUUCACGGGCGCUUUCACGGCCGACUACAUGUCACAGAGUUAGCUUCCGGUACGUCUUGUUUCUUUUUCGUAGAGUGUGUGUUUACGUACAUAUGGACUCUAUUGUGCUCCAAGGAAACGACUACACAUAGCCGCUGCAGUGCAGUCCUGUACACCGCUUCAUACAUUACAGGAAACACUGUGGAGGCUAGAGAAGCUUUUCACCGUUCACGACCAGCGAAUAUUGCGCGUUACAUGAGUCUAAGAAACAGGAAUGUGCUAUACGUAAUUUGGCGCACCAUUGCCUUCAUACGCUGCAGUCGUAGCUUAUGAAACAUUUGUUAGACAUCACAGAUCUGAACCGAACGACGAGUGGAGGGACAAAGUUUUCGCAGCGCACUGCCGGAAUUCGCGACCAAAACAUAGUGCAUCACGUAUUGUGAUUUCAAGGCACGCAAUGAAUAGGUUAUUUUACGUAUCAUUAGCUAUACACGUUGAGUUCCAGUGCGUAAAGAACACAUUGUUCUGUUGAAGGCAUCAAAGGUUAAUCACAGGUUAAUCCCAACAAAACUCGCGGAGGGAUACAUUUUUGUGACAGCACUACUCGCAUAGCUUCCGAAGGGUUGUCUGCUAUGUAUGAAAUGUAGUAUACUAUUGAUCCUUAUCGUGCAUUUGUGCCGCGUUCGCAUGUCUCUAUUAUUAUUAAAAAAAGAGAUACGACUUAUUGCUGCGAUGACUACGACUGCUGUACGCUGCUUUAUUCAUUAGUCCUUCUUGUCUAUCUUUUCUCUCUCUCUCUCUCUCUCUCUCUCUCUGUGUGUGUGUGUUUAUGUGACAGCGUAAUUAGAGAUAUUGUGCGUGCGUACAGCAAGGCGGAGAGCCACGCAUUAAUUUUGUGUCUGUAUGCGAAAGUGGAGUUUCGACUCAUCACAACACGACUUAGAGCAGCUUGCGCUUAUAGGAGCCGUUGUCUUUUGACCAUCAGAUUUGUUUUAGAAUUUUUUUUCAUUAGCAUUAAUGGAGCGAAAUUUACGCACACUGUUAGAAAUUAAUAUGGUAGGUAUCGGAUGUAUAUAUAGCUAUGUUCAUAUCUAUCUGAUGGCCAUAUAACCUUUUUUGAAAAUAUAUCCACAGAGAGGCCUUAUUUGCAGGGCAUAUAACGUACAACCGCUUGAAGAAAUGCUCUUUCAAAGUUGCUUUACAUUAUUCCGAAAGUUGAUCUGUCACUGUCAUAUCUGCUAUCUUUUUUUGAAUUCAAAUAAAUUCAGCUUAUUUCAUGUUCCAGUGACAUCAAGGGAUGAGACCAAUAAGAAAAAAAUCCUUCAUGGCUGUUUGACGAGCUAGCAGACCCUGUACACAAAGUUUGUGCGCAAAUGCAGUGGUGACAGAGACAGACAGCAUAUAUUAACACCUCUGUCACGAUUGACAAUUAGGGCAAGCAAUACAGACAGACGGGCUUGGGAUCUGCAGCAUAUUUAACAGCAUACAUAAUGGUUUAACACCUUAACAUGUGCAAGUGAGACUUGCAUAUGCCCAUUACAAAGAAAGUAUCAAAAUCUAGAAAAUAUCGAACAUUUCGGGUUUUGAGUUUAUAACUCGAGCAAACACAAGGUACAUAAUAAAAUAUCAUAUAAAUGCAAUGUUGAGUCACAUUGUAUGCUAUAUAGCUCAAGGUUUCUGAUGAGCUUAUACAAACUCGUGUUUUGGUGCAAACUGUUUAAAAAUAUUGGAAUUGUGUUUGAUAACACUUGAGUCCCAUAAUUCAUUCUAGAUAAAGUCCACUUUUCCAUGUGUCUUUUCGUAUGGAUGAAGUUAAACGUUCGUAUUGUGGCCAUACUGUCAAAAAGCAUUUAUUCAGCGUUAUUUUUUUUUUAGCAGCAUUUUGCAUAAGCAUAAUAGGGACAAUGUGCACCUGUACAUGAAUUAUAUUUCAACCUGAGAGAUCAAUUCAUUUUUGAGUGUUAAACACACUUCACGUUGUUUGCUGUUCUUGGGCACAAGUUUCGGCCCUACAUCUGCGAGACCUGCCAUUCGUUAACACUAAACGCAAGUCAGUCUGCGUCUCGGCCCCAGCGGAUAUGCAAGGACUGCACAGUAAAUGUCGAACCAAGUAGUCUAUUUGUUCCUCCUUAAAAGACAUUUUGUCUGUAUAACAAAUUCCGAACGUGGCAAACCAGUGUGUAAUGAACAUUUGUACCUUAAUUGCACAUUACAAAACUGCGACUAAUGUACAAAUGCGUGGGUAUAAACAUAUUGUCGCGCGCUACCAUAUGGAUACGAAUUCGCACCCGGGUCACACCACACGUUUGCACCGGUGCAAAUGAAUUGGUGUGCCUGUGUAUGUGCCAUAAAUGUGAAAGUGGCGAAAUGUGUCUUUAACUGAAAAAAGAAGCUCUAAGGGAAAGAGAGACAGAGACCUUAGGAAACGUAUAACUAUUUGUAACUGAACAAGUUGCUUCAUGCUUUUUCGACGUUUAGGACACGAACUAUAGAGGGGAAAAAUUAUGUGCAUGUCAACUUUCUUUUCGGUAUGGUCGGGGUCCUUAACGCCGAUGAAAGAAUUUGCGAAAGUUGCUGUAUGUUUAGCUAGAUCUCUGAAGCAUUUCGCUUGCGCUAAUUCCUGGAGAGACGUGCACUACAUACUUUGCUGUUUCCCGUGCAUUUAUGCAGAUCAAUAAAGAACACAUGGAAGCUCGUCA